CAGCUGCUUCCGGGUCAAUGCAGGACACUGGGCUGCAGCCCCUGUGUGGUUACGAGGUGAAGCAGCAAGGGCUGGGGCUGGUCUGGACCGGACCGAGGCUAGGUGUCAGCCGCCGCGCUGCCGGGAGGGGGGCGACAGGCGCCGCGCGGGGAAGCCGCCGCAGAGCCCCGCCUCCCGGGCUGCGGGGAAAGGAAGAUGGAUCAACCUAGUGGAAGGAGUUUUAUGCAAGUAUUAUGUGAAAAAUAUAGUCCUGAAAACUUUCCUUACCGCCGUGGUCCUGGGAUGGGAGUCCAUGUCCCAGCUACACCUCAGGGCUCUCCUAUGAAAGGUAAGAAAAAUGGGACCUACAAUAUCCGCCUCAACCUCCCAAGUGUGCUGGUGUUGAACAGCUGCGGAAUAACCUGUGCGGGAGAUGAGAAAGAAAUUGCUGCCUUCUGUGCUCAUGUGUCAGAACUAGAUCUUUCUGACACAACUCGAAGACUGGCAGAGGUCAGUAAAAUUGUGUCAAAUGUUCCCCAGUUGGAGUUUCUAAACCUGAGUUCCAACCCUCUGAAUUUGUCGGUUUUAGAAAGAACAUGUGCUGGGUCCUUCUCUGGGGUUCGCAAACUUGUCCUCAAUAACAGCAAAGCUUCUUGGGAGACAGUCCACACGAUACUGCAGGAGUUACCAGAUUUGGAGGAGCUCUUCCUGUGCCUUAAUGACUAUGAAACAGUGUCCUGUCCUUCUGUUUGCUGUCAUUCUCUGAAGCUCCUACAUAUAACAGACAAUAACCUCCAAGACUGGACUGAAAUACGAAAGUUAGGAGUUAUGUUUCCUGCACUAGAUACCCUUGUUCUGGCCAACAAUCAUUUGAAUGCUAUUGAGGAGCCUGAUGAUUCAUUGGCCAGGUUAUUUCCUAAUCUGCGAUCCAUCAGCCUCCACAAGUCAGGUUUGCAGUCCUGGGAAGACAUUGACAAACUAAAUUCAUUCCCCAAACUUGAAGAAGUGAGAUUGUUAGGAAUUCCUCUUCUGCAGCCAUAUACCACCGAGGAGCGAAGGAAAUUGGUGAUAGCCAGAUUGCCAUCAGUUUCCAAACUUAAUGGGAGUGUUGUUACUGACAGUGAGCGAGAAGAUUCUGAGAGAUUUUUUAUUCGUUACCAUGUGGAUGUUCCACAGGAAGAAAUGCCAUUCAGGUAUCAUGAACUGAUCACAAAAUAUGGAAAGUUGGAGCCUUUGGCAGAAGUGGAUCUAAGACCCCAGAGCAGUGCAAAAGUAGAAGUCCAUUUUAACGAUCAGGUAGAAGAAAUGAGCAUUCGUUUGGACCAAACAGUUGCAGAACUAAAGAAACAAUUAAAAACUCUAGUGCAGUUACCCACAAGCAACAUGCUUCUCUACUAUUUUGACCAUGAAGCACCCUUUGGACCAGAGGAAAUGAAGUAUAGCUCUCGGGCACUGCAUUCCUUUGGCAUUAGGGAUGGAGAUAAAAUUUACGUAGAAUCCAAAACAAAAUAACCCCUACCAGACGUGUAAAAACACAUACACAAGGACUUCCUGGGGGCAUUUGUUUCCACAUAAUGUUCUUUAUGAGGGAGAAGAUAGUUUUUGUUUAGAUUUGUUUUGUUUAGGUUUGAGGAACAUAUACAUUUCCUCCUAGAAUGGGUAGAGGGCUGUUUGGGGUAUUUUUUUACUGAGAGUUCUGUGGCUCAGGCUGCAGAACUGGUGACACCUCCAGUCCAUGUGUCCUCUCUCAUGGAAGGAUGACUGAGAAAUCGCUGUGGCACUGUGUUCACUGGGACUUGCCUCCUGCUUUGUUGUCAUCACCAUUCGCAUAUACUUGUGAAGACAGAAGGAACAGUGCCUUCUCCCCAGAAGGAUGUCUUAGAGUAUUUAAAUAGGGGAACAAGGAUCUUUACAGGAAGGGCCAGCCCUUCUCUCUCCCAGGUCCUCUCUUUCCCUUCUUCUCUCUCUUUUUCUUGUUUUGGUUCAGUUUUUCAUUUUGACUAGUAUCUGCCCAUGUUUACUAAUAGUUUUAGUGUGUCCAUAAUUAACUUCUCAACUUGGGUGAUUUUUUUUCCUUCAUUUCUCCCUUUUGAAAUAAUUGAAAGUGUUUUAAGCAUUUUUUACCUGAUUCCGAUCUCAGGUGCUCAGUUAGAAUCUAUAAUUCUGUUAGGAUUUUGAAGAAGAGUAGAUGGAGAGUUAACAUUCCAGGAGAACUUGCUGUUAUUAUGCAAAGCCUGCCAGAGCAGUCUGGUCUCUCUGUAUGCAACUGUCUCGAUUUUAAUGUUCUUCACACAUUAUAUCAACCAUUAUUUUCAUAACAUGAAAUGUGUCAGAUUCCAGAGUUUUUUUUUACUUUUGCUUAUUGAAUAUAUUUCCCCACACCUCUCUUUCUUAUUACUUUAAUCUAUUGGGAGUAGAGGCACGACUUUUUGAAGAAUCCAACAGAAUAAUGCAUGUGUGUGCCAGGAGAGCUGAGAAUCAGCUAAUGGGCCACAAUGCGUGCAAAGGCGUCGAGUGUGGAGAAUGGGGCUGAGGAGAGAGUGUUGUGGCUUUCCUGCCUGUGUCAUUGUUUGAAGGCCUUCCCCUUGCACUUUGCAUUAAAAGAGGGAAAUUGUAAUCAGAGGGAGCUUUGAUUCCCAGUUCUUCCCUGGGAUUUUAUGAUGUCAUAAUUGAACAAUUCUUUGUUUUACAUUUUAAUUUAGUUCCUCUAUAAAAGAACAAGUCUGACUAAUGAGUAAACUAUAACUGUCAAAACUUCUGAAUUGCCUUCAAGUCAUGUUUUUCGCAGAAGCAUAUUUAAAGCACUUUUCUUUAAAAGUUAGUUCCUGACCUGCUGUGAAACCUUUGUUCUGUCCCUUUGUUAGUCAGUGUGGUCCCUGUCUCUAGCACACAUCUUUCUUGAUCCACCAUCUUUGUCGGUGGGAGACCUGAGAAGGACUUAGCAUAACUGGGGCAGAAGAUGUGUACAUGGCGUAUUUUUCAAAGAAUGUAAUCAUUAUUGUUUUCACCUUUUGACCUUUCUACACGAUUUCACUGCUUCUACAAAUUUCUUAAGAGAUUCUUUGUGGCUUGUAAAUUCUUUAGGUAUAUAGCAUUGUGUUUAUUAUUGCUACUUUUAAAAAUCUUCUAUGCCAUAAUAGCAGAUGUUUAUUCUCUUAAUGCACUUCAGGUUCAGUACUUGUGAAGCCUUUGACCCAGCCCACUGAGUCAAAUCUACAGUCACUGUAACAUUAACGGUGAAAACCAAAGGGUUUGAGAAAGGUGAAUGUGAAGCCUCUUCUCCUUCUGCUGCAGAUUUUAUCUUUCAAAAUCAUAAAAGUGAGCUGUGGUGGUCCAGUCUGGGCAUAGACAAUAAUGAUUAUUUCACCAUCACAAUUUCCUGGUACAUUUUUGGAAGUGGAAAAAAGUGCAGCACGCUGAGAACCCUGGGUGUUCUGAGCAUGAGUGCGUGAGUGCUGGUGAGCUGCCGGGACCCAGCCUGACCCAGCCCUUGCUUUCGUUAGCCUGGGCAGCGGGUGCCCUCCUGUUUUUUCAGGCUGGGUAUGACCUCUGGCUGUCCCACAGCAGAAGACAGAGAGAACACUUACGUUUUAACCUUAAGUGGAGUGGUCACAAUUAAUUAAGGUAUUUUAUAUAUGGCAAAAUUUUAUGAAAUGCUUUUUUACUCUUAGAGACAUGCUCUUUCUGUUAUUGCAGAACACAGUGUCCAUCGACUGCAGGUGUAGUGUCCUGUGGUGCACUGGCAUGUCAGGGGAGCUUCUAGUUUAGUUCCGUGGACGUGGGUGUUUUAGGCCACUGUCAUUGAUGGCUUUAUAAUUGCUGACUAAUUUUUGAUUGAGACAAAAUCUAAUCCAGUUACCGGUCUUUUAGAAUUAUGGAAGUAAAUGAGAAAAGCUAUUUGAGCAUGUGUACUUGUAAAUUUAUUUGGAUGGCUGAGUAAAGAUGCUUCUUUUAAAAUGAAAUCGGUGCUGUGUGGACACUUGUAACCAAAAUUAUUUUUGUAACAGGACAGAGGAGUGCAGACACCAUGGACCUUUUAGUCUAGGAGUUAUGCAGGGUUGGUUACUGCGGCUUCUCUGUAUUUUAAUGUUGACUUCAUCUAGGUUUAGUAAGAGCAUAUUAUUGACAUUUAUGAGUCAGAAUGCUGUUAUGGUCAGUAUUGCAGAUUUAUUUCUACAGCACAGUGUAUAAAACAUCUUUCCUAAGAAGAGAAAUUCUUUUUAGUCAUGAAAAAGGAAAGGAGUAGUAAAAGAAAUCCAAAUAAAUACCAAGGAAUAUUGGGUGUGUAGCUGCUGAAGCCCCAAUAGAAAUCAGUUUUCUGGUUUGAAUUGUUGAAAUAUCUUAGAAUAUUUUAA